AAAAUCAGAGAGAGUGCGGGUAAGUAUUCGACCCAAAAAGUGAUGUCAGUGUCUGAGGAAAAUGCCAACAUACGAGACCCCCGCCGCCGCUUGCUGGCGGCGAAAUACGAGCUGAGACGGAACCUGUACAAGGCCCUCUGCAAGGACCCAAGCCUUCCCAGCAAUCUGCGCGAGGAGAACCGCUUCAAGCUCUCCAAGCUGCCCCGGAACAGCUCCUUCACGCGCGUCAGGAACCGCUGCAUCUUCUCCGGCCGCGCACGCGCCGUCUACGAGACCUUCCGUAUGUCCCGUAUCGUUUUCCGUUCUCUUGCAGAAAGCGUCUUGGUAGCCUCCCAAAACGAUUAUAGGAUUUGUUUCCCCAGAAGUUUGGGGUAAAAUUGGAAGAAGAGUGGAGUCAAAGAAGGGAAAUGAGAAUGAAGAGAACAGCAGCAGCAAGGAAGGAAUAUUAACAGCAGCAACAAGGACCCCGUGUGUCACUUAUGAUAAAAGCAAGUACAUUCGAAGGAUGCAUAUGCAUAUUAGUUUUUGUUUUUCUUUAGAGAAUGACGGUUUGGUCCAUUCACCUAGUGAACAUCAGUGUAAGUUAUCAUGCAAAGU